AUGCAACAAAGAUUCGUCAGAUCCAAGUCGAGAGUAUACCUAGGUCUACCAGGAUGCGUGGAACGGUUGGAUAAAUUAGCCGAGGAAUUCAAAGUCGCGAACGAACAGGAGAGACAGGAGAUAUUAAAGAAAGCAAGGAUCUUCGAAGAGACUUUGCCAGAAGAGCAACGGGAGGCUGCAAAAAUUUAUGUGAAGACUAUGGAGAAGAUCCUAGAAAAAGGAGAUGUAUUCGUACAAACGGAAGAAACGCGAGUACGGGGGCUUCUUUAUAGAGGAAAAUUAUCUAAUCAGAAGAAACGUACGAUGGAAGAGAGACGAAACAUCCUACAGUCUUUCUCAGCGAGGGAUGAACUGUAGAAAACUAAUCAAAUUUAUUAAUGAUUGUCCAAAUGUCGUCUAAUAAUUUAGUUUCAAUUCGAAUAUCGAUUAUUUGCUUUGUAGUGGAUUAUUUGAUAUAUUUCAUCUAAUUUUAUAUAAACGUCAAUUGGAAUAUACACAUUUGGACGCUAUUCAAAAUACCAAAGUAUUGUUACACAUUCCUUAUUGAAUUUCUCUGUGAUGAAGCAUUUCUUGAUCAUAUUUUAUACAGUACGAUAUGUAAAACUAUUUGCUAUUCAUAUGAUUAUUUUUUAUAGAUGCUUUGUUUCUUUAUACAGAUACAUGAUGCAAAUGCAAGAUAAACCAGGCGAUAAAUAUUAAAAAUAUAGACUUUUUACAUCCAAGAAUAUACCUGUCUACCUGUCAAAUUAAAUAUUUGAAUAAAUAUAAUUGUUUAAGCUUUUUGUUACAUGAAAAAAAAAAGUAAAAAAUUAAAAUUUAUUGAAAAUAUUUUCCAAGGAGGAAAUAUUGUCAGAGAAAUCGUAGAUUAAGAUAUUAUAUUGUUAAGUAUGCAACAAGUAAAUCAAUUUUAUAUUAUAAUAUACUACUUGUGAUUCUUUCAACAUACGAUUUGAUAUUCUUAAGACAGACAUGGUAUGCAAUUAUUAACUAUUAAAAAAUGAAUGAUAUAAUGCAUAAAUCAUCUUCCUGAAUUAAGAAAUAAAUAAAAUUCGGAAGAUUUUCUGUUUAUA